UUAUCAACCACUCUGUGUGAGGGAGACAGACAGUGAGAGAGAGAGAGAGAGAGAGAGAAACAAAGAGAGAUAGAAACAAAGAGGGAAAGAGAGAGUCGUGAUGCACACAGUCUGACGCUGCGCUUCAUUGUAUCCUCAGCGAGUGUAUUAGUGUGUGUAGACAGUCCUGCUUGCUUGUAGCAUCCUCGGAACUGCAUCAGUGAAUUUCGACUAGGCUCAUUUCUUCCCAAGAAAACCUCACCACAGGGGUCGACAGAAAAGUAAACGUUUGACUAAUAACGUGUCUGUCCGCACAUAACCCACUCUGAAGAAGAGCGCAAAGCCCCAUUGACUUCGCACUCUUUCAAGACAAAAUGGGAGCGAAAAACAGCAAGCUGACCCCGGAGGUGAUGGAGGAUCUGGUGAAGAGCACGGAAUUUAAUGAGCACGAGCUGAAACAGUGGUACAAAGGCUUCCUGAAAGACUGCCCCAGUGGACGACUCAAUCUAGACGAGUUCCAACAACUCUAUGUGAAGUUUUUCCCCUACGGAGAUGCUUCAAAGUUUGCCCAGCAUGCAUUCAGGACCUUUGAUAAGAACGGGGACGGCACCAUCGAUUUCAGAGAGUUCAUCUGUGCCCUGUCUAUCACGUCUCGAGGCAGCUUCGAACAGAAACUCAACUGGGCCUUCAACAUGUACGACCUGGAUGGAGAUGGCAAGAUCACACGAGUGGAGAUGCUGGAGAUCAUUGAGGCCAUCUACAAGAUGGUGGGGACUGUGAUCAUGAUGAAGAUGAACGAGGAUGGCCUGACGCCCGAGCAGCGAGUGGACAAGAUCUUCAGCAAGAUGGACAAGAACAACGACGACCAGAUAUCACUGGACGAGUUCAAAGAGGCAGCAAAGAGCGACCCUUCCAUUGUAUUACUCCUGCAGUGUGACCUGCAGAAAUAAAGGAGAAGGGGAGCUUGAGAACCGCCACAGACUGCACAGAAGAUUCAUGUUCCAUUCAGUUUGCAGCUAUUUCCACUGAAAAAAAUAUGCUUGGACUACCUUUCAAUGGAUCCGCUUCUUGAUGUUUGAAACACUUGUGUGCAUGAGAAUGUUAUUUGCUAGAAACAAUUUAUACGUACAUAUACACACACAUAACGAGCUACACACACCCCACAAGAUACAAACAAACUGCACACUCACUAGAUAUUCACAAUACGCACAAAUAUACAGAUACAUAAAUAUUAUAUUUCAAUUAUUUAAAAUCAACUGCCAAAAUGUGAAGUGUGCAAAGUAUUUUCCAUACACUCAUUCCACUGGAGCUUGAGCAUCAGUGAUGUGCUAUGUUGAAUUACGCUACAACUUAUUAUUCUGAGUUUACUGACGCUAGCUACGUGUUUCAUAUAUUGAGCAAUGUCAACCAAGUCAAAUUCCUAUGGUAACGUAACUGUUUCUGACAAACCAAGUAUCUAUUCUUCUAAAAGAUUAGAUUUGGAUAGAUAAAGAGAUGGAUUAGUAGCCUAUUCAUCACAAACGUUUUCCUUCCAAAUGUGCUUGUACUGUUGGUGAAUAUAAAUGGAGUUCAUUUGCAUGCCUUUAGGUUUUGCCUUAAAAAUAAUCUCCUUAUUUUGCAUCCUAUAAGAAUAACGAAGACAAAGCUUGUCAA